CAGCACUGGGCACUCACUGCUUCCUCCUGGCAUCCCAGCAGCAUUGCCCCUGAACAAAGACAGGCCAUAAAUACUGUGAGGAGCUGACUGGAGCUCUUGGCUGCCUGCAACAAAUCCUGUCGUGUGUUCUGUUAGAGCCAGGAGAGCAUGUGCCACCCCCUGCCCCUGCUGGGGUGGCACAGGGCUGUGAUGUCGCUCCUUGUCCCUGCAGACAGCAUGGGCAGCUCCACAUACCGUCCCCCAGCCCGCACCAUGGAGGUGGUGAUCAACAAGUACGUGGUGAAGCUCAAGUACUGCUACACCUGCAAGAUGUUCCGGCCCCCGCGCACCUCGCACUGCAGCGUCUGCGACAACUGCGUGGAGAGGUUCGAUCACCACUGCCCCUGGGUGGGCAACUGCGUGGGCAAGCGCAACUACCGCUACUUCUACGCCUUCAUCCUGUCCCUGUCCUUCCUCACCGCCUUCAUCUUCGCCUGCGUCAUCACCCACCUCACCCUGCGCUCUCAGAGGGAUGGGUUCCUGGCCACUCUGAAGACAACCCCUGCGAGUGUGCUGGAGCUGGUGAUUUGUUUUUUCUCAGUCUGGUCUAUUUUGGGCCUCUCAGGUUUUCACACUUAUUUAGUCGCCUCCAACCUGACAACAAAUGAAGAUAUCAAGGGGUCCUGGUCAAACAAGAGGGGCUCGGAGUUUGCCAAUCCCUACAGCCAUAAAAGCAUCCUCACAAACUGCUGUGCAGUGCUGUGUGGGCCAUUCCAUCCCAGUUUGAUAGACAGAAGAGGAUUUAUCCAGCCAGAUGUGGGGACCCCAUCCAGUCCCAAGAGUGAAAUCCCUUCCUUUGGAGCCAAAACUGACACCAGCAUGGAGGAUGCCUGCCAGGACUUUGCCAUUUCCUGCACAGCCUGAUGGGAUUUGCCCCUCCUCGGAUGUUUGCCCUGAUUUCUGAGGGUUGGCUGGUAAGAAAGUGCUUCCUUCUCCCUCUCACCACUCGAGCCACCCAUCUCAUCUCCACUGCAUGACAGCUCUGCCUCAGAGCCCAUCACCCUCCAGCUGUGUUCACACCCCCUCCAUCCCACCAGAAUCCCCCUGGCAUGGGGGCAGCGGUGCCAGGGCUGUGAGGGUGAGGGGCCACCUCAAGGCUUGGCCAGAGGAGCAUGGGUUUGGUUUGCCCUGGCUUUGUGCUGGGGCUCAGCAUGGGCUGGAGCCACCUGGUCUGCAUGGGGGACAAGUGUGGGACACUUUGGGACACUGUGGGACACGGGCCAGGGAUGGCCGAGGGCUCUG